UCGAGAAGAAUCAGCAUACGUAUGAGGCACAAUACUGCUUCAUGUCCUUGAAAAUGGCUCGGGAUACUUGGUUUGAUGAUCAAUUUUACACGAGUUAUUUUAUGUGGGAUUCAUUUACAAUCGGCGUAGCUACUUCAAUCAUGCGUAAUGGAAAACCCCAAAAUGGAGAAAACGAAUUUGCUGAGAUGGAGUAUAUGAAUAUUACUGUCAUUACCUCAAAUAAGCCUUAUCAAAUAUCUGAUGGCUCAAAUCCAUUCUUUGACGGGUUGAAAGUUCCUAAAUUCAACUUAAAGAGAAAUGGAGUCCACAGUGGCCAUGUUCAGACAGGAAUUCGAGAUCCAUUUUGCCUAGUAAAGAAUGGAAAGGGCAGAUGCAAGGAUGGCUAUACGAAAGAAGUGGCGGGUCGAGAAGCAGUGCCUGUGCUUGUUGCUGUUAGAGCAAAGCCUGAUAAUGACAAUAGCAGCUCCUUAACAAGAGAAUUUUAUAAAAGCUUUCUAGAUGUCCUAAACCGGCCUCAGCAAAGCGGGAGGUUCAAUUUUACUACACAAUUUCUUCAUUACAAAGCAAUUCUUUACAAACCAGAUUUCCAGGGCAGGCAACUCGGGAAGAAUAUUGUGUUUGACAUGGAUAUGAGUGCUGGAGACUUUUUAGCUCUCUUGUAUCUCCUGAAGUUACCUGUGGAAGUAAUUAAUCUCAAGGCAGUACUAGUUAGUCCAAAUGGAUGGGCAAAUGCGGCAACAGUAGAUGUCGUCUAUGAUUUGCUGCAUAUGAUGGGGCGUGAUGAUAUACCGGUUGGUCUAGGAGACUUGUUUGCACUCAACCAAUCUGAUCCAAAUUCUUCUGGUGUUGGAGACUGCAAGUACAUUAAAGCUAUUCCACAUGGUAGUGGUGGCUUUCUCGAUUCAGAUACUCUGUAUGGACUGGCUCGUAAUUUACCUCGAAGCCCUCGAAGGUAUACAGCAGAAAAUUCAGUGAAAUUUGAUGCUCCUCGAGACACAGAUCACCCUGAACUCAGACAACCACUGGCUCUGGAGAUAUGGGAAUCAGUAGUGAAAUCGCUUGAUCCAGGAUCAAAAGUAACCAUUUUAACCAAUGGUCCUUUAACUAAUAUAGCAAAGAUUCUUGGUGCAGACAAGAAUUUUAGAUCUCUAAUCCAGGAUAUACUCAUAGUUGGGGGCCAUAUCAACAAUGACAAAAGUGACAAAGGAAAUGUUAUUAACAUUCCUUCAAAUGAAUAUGCAGAACUCAACAUGUUUCUUGAUCCCUUGGCAGCAAAAAUGGUUUUUGAUUCAGGUCUUAACAUCACACUCAUCCCUCUUGGCAUCCAACAAAAAGUUAGCAGGUUUCAAAAAGUUCUUGAAAGGCUUUACUUGACAAAGAAGACACCUGAAACAUUGUUUGCCAGGCGCUUAAUUUCAAGAUUGCAUCAGUUGAAACAAACGCAUCCUAGAUAUCAACAUACGGAUAAGUUUUUGGGUGAAAUCCUUGGUGCGGUAAUCUUGGCAGGUGACCAUUUCACUCUGAAGACAACGUAUGGAACUAGUUCUAUAAGUGUGUUGGCAACAGGUGUUGAAUCUGAAGAUGGACAGAUAACUACUGACCAUGAUCAAGGAAAUUCAGUAAAAGUAUUGGAAAAUAUCGAUCCGGAUGCUUAUUAUGAUAUUUUGGCAAGUCGAUUUGGGGACGAAAAACAAUCUGCCAUUGUUGGAAGCUUUGAAGAACAGAGAAGAAUUUGGAAUACACCAAGUGGAAACUAAAACUGGCUUUUAAAGAAGGUCAAAUUUCCAAAACGUGCUGGUUUUUCUUGUUCAUUUUAUGUGUUUUAUAUAUCAGUUGUUACUUGCCAACAUUUUAUACAGAAAUAAAGAAAGAAACUUUGCAAUUUCAAUACAAAACAUACACAAUACAAUACAAUACAAC